CUCUUUUGUAUCUAUCUCUCUCUUCUCUCUCUCUCUCUCUCUCUCUCUCUCUCUCUCUACACUCUGGCAUUUUCUGAGUUUCGCUUUCAUCCUCUCUGUCUUCGAGUUUCGCCACGAUGCACAGACAAUCGUUAGGUUCACCUUCUUCCAAGCUCCAUCUUCAUGGAGGAGUCGUUAACGGCGGUGACACUAUCAUCGCCGAUGAACCACCGAAACCUCACCGUCUCUCUUCACCUCCUUCACCACCGAACAAAUUCAUUCACCUCAUUCCAAUUCUCACUCUCUUCUGCUUCUUCAUUCUUUACUUCUUCUCUCACACUCCUUCACCUUCAGAACUAACUCAUUUCAACGGAUUCACUGCAUUCAAACGCUCGAAUAAUCAUAAUCUAGCGGCGGAGAUAAAUGGUGACAUUGGAGUACAUUACGAUGAUGCGAAAAGAAGUGAUGUGUUGGCGAUUCGAAGUUUGCAACAGAUACCGAAAUCUCAACUUCACAGAAAACUCGCCGAUUUUUAAGCUAAACUCUUCACACGUGUGGUUUCUUCCUUCUCUUCUUUCAUCUCUUACCCCUUCCAUUCUAUAUAUUCUUGCUCCACUUGUAUUGUACUAUUAUUGUAUAUCUAAAAUUAUUUUAGAUUUUGUGUUCGCUCAAGAAGAAAAGAAAGUGAAUAAAAAUUGAUCUCAUAUAUCAUAGGAAAUAAUUUGCAUUGUAAUAGUUAAUCUUGUUCAAUUACUAAAUAGUUGUUUGGUAUCA